AGGCUUCUCUCGGCAUCACCGUUGAAAUAUUUCAUGGAAAACCACGGGACAAGGAUCCUUCAAAAUUCAGGCAGCCCCUCGUUGCGGCCUCUUCUCCUUGUCGCCAGCUAUAGAUUUUUUUCCUGAAGCUGCAUCUUUUCGAUAUCUAUAGCUGCUGCUGUUGGCUCUCUGUAUUCACUACCGGUGUCUUUCCUCGUCACUGUUGCAGCCAUUGCGCGCUCUCUCUGUUUUCGUCCCCGUUGCUGUUCUCUUGGUCGCCUGCGCCGCCACCUCACCUUUUCAUUGUUGCCGCCACCUCCUCUAAACUUCAUUUCGGCCACCAAGAAGCCUACUUCCUCUAAACUCUGAUCGUCCACUCAUUCAUUCCAUGCGAGAUGUUGCCCUAAACCUAGCUCAACACAUGGAAAACUCCCUUCCUUCUUCUUUUUCCAGUUAACCAUCACCACUGUUCCAUGGCCACAAGCUUAAUCGGGGCAAUCCUUCGCAGAAGGAGUAAUGGAGCUUUCCUCUUUCAUUUCCGAAUGCCAACAAAAUCUGACUUGUUUGGCCACCCAAUUGGAAUUCUCCCGCUCCCCCAAUUCCUUUUGCCCAAAUCCACUUCAAGGAAGCUCAUCAGCAGAACUCUUUGUUCAGAUUUCUCUUUCGCAUUUGCGCCGUUUCUAUGCCGCCAAUCCUCUUCUUUCUGCACUGUCGCAGAAUGCGAUGUAAAGUCGGGGAUCGCUUCCUCUAAUGGUUUAGCAACCAAGUCCAACAAGAAAAAAGCUAGGAUGAAAUCGAAGGUGGACUUCACAAAAAUUGAUCCUUCACUUCUCCCAACUGUGAUUAUCGUUGGCCGGCCCAACGUUGGAAAGUCUGCGCUUUUCAACCGAUUAAUUCGGAGGAGGGAAGCACUCGUGUACAAUACACCUGACGACCACGUUACUCGGGACAUCAGGGAGGGAAUUGCCAAGUUGGGGGAUUUGAGGUUUAAGGUCUUGGAUUCCGCAGGGUUGGAGACGGAAGCCACUUCGGGUACUAUUCUCAGCAGAACAACAGAGAUGACUGGAAUGGUCUUGGCGAGGACCCAAGUUGCCAUUUUGCUGAUUGAUGUGAGGGAUGGACUUCAACCGCUUGAUCUUGAAGUGGGGAAGUGGAUGCGGAAGCAUGCAUCCAAUGUCCAUACUAUUGUGGCCAUGAAUAAGUCGGAAUCACUUGAUGUACGAGGGUUUGUUACAGUAGCCGCUGGGGAAGCUCAUAGCUUGGGGUUUGGUGAUCCCAUUGCAAUAUCUGCAGAGACUGGGCUGGGAAUGCCAGAACUGUAUGAGAUCCUUCGACCGUUGUUGGAAGCCCAUGCACUUCAGCUUCCUAAUGAUUUAAAAUGUAAAGAUAAUGAUUCAGUAGAAGUUGAUGAGAACUUAAAGAGCAAAGUACCACUGCAGUUGGCAAUUGUUGGACGUCCUAAUGUUGGAAAGUCUACCCUAUUGAAUACCUUGCUGCAAGAAGAAAGAGUUUUGGUUGGGCCAGAGUCUGGCUUGACAAGGGAUUCAAUCAGAGCCAAGUUUCAAUUUGAAGAUCGCACUAUAUAUUUGGUGGAUACGGCAGGUUGGUUGCAUAGAUCUGGACAAGAAAAAGGCCCGUCGUCUUUGAGUAUAGUGCAGACAAGAAAAAAUCUCAUGAGGGCUCACGUUGUAGCAUUGAUACUCGAUGCAGAGGAGAUUGCAAGAAAUAAGAGAAGUAUGAAGCAUGAUGAAGUGAUUAUAGCUCGUCAAGCUGUUGAAGAGGGUCGAGCUCUGAUUGUGAUAGUGAACAAGAUGGAUCUUCUCAGAGGAAAACAAAAUACUUUGUUACAUGAGAAGGUUCUUAAAAUAGUACCUCAAGAAAUACAGACUCUAAUUCCUCAGAUUACUGGUAUUCCUGUCUUAUUUAUUUCAGCAAUGGAGGGAAGGGGUCGAGUAGAAGUUAUGCACCAGGUAGUCGACGCAUACCAGAAGUGGUGCUCAAGAUUGUCUACUGCUCGCCUAAACCGUUGGUUGAGGAAGGUUAUGAGUAGGCAUUCGUGGAAAGACCAAGCCACGCAACCCAAAAUCAAAUAUUUCACUCAAGUUAAAGCUCGACCGCCGACAUUUGUCUCCUUCCUGAGCGGAAAAGCUCAGCUUUCUGACACAGACAUAAGGUUUCUGAUCAAGUCUCUCAAAGAGGAUUUCAACUUGGGUGGAAUCCCAAUCCGCAUAAUGCAGCGCUGCAUUUCAACAAAAAACUGCGAGCAGCAACAAUAGCAAGAAUUCAACUUCUUAAGGGUCACAUAUAAUUGAAGCCACAUUAGAGAGAUUUACUGCAUUUGAAUAGGCUUCUUGAAUGACAGCCAUGGCUGUAAAGAAAUGGGAGAUUUUUUUGUGAUUUGUAUCAGGUAAUGCUCCAUUAAUUUUCCAGUUAUUUAUAUAUCUGUGGAGACGAGCUUCUGCAUCAAAAUUAUCCAAUUAAUUUUGGUUUUGU